CCGAGUUAGGAGAGGGGAGAAGGGGGGCCGAGACUCUAAAAGGAGGAGGAAAGAGGAGGUGCUGAAAGGGACUCGAUACCGCCCCCGCCGACAAAGCCUGGAAGAAUUGCGCUCCGUCAGUGCGCCCUGCCUGCCAGUCGGAGGAUGGGGAUUUUUUUUCUCCUUUCCAUUCAUCCAUGCCCCUUUUUUCCCUCCUCCUCCUCCUCUCAAACAAGCCAGUCGGUCUGUCAAUGUGCUGCGAGCGUUAGGACGAGUCAAAGCAGUGGGAUUUUGAGGCAGAGAGACGGAGGAGAUAACGAAUGAAGCGCUUUUCCAUGACCGAGAAGCGACGCGUCCUGCUCUCCAAAUGAUGCGCCGCAUCAGAUAAUUUCCAGCCGGGACUGAUGCUCACAACUCGCAUCUUAUUAUUAUUAAUAUUAUUUUUUCCUUUCUAUCACUUCAAAACUUUCACGUUGGCCUGUGUGUGACAUUAUUAGAGUGGAGAUGCUUUUCUAGCGCUUUGAUUUAUUCCUCUCAGUUUCUUUGAAUUGAUUCUUGGAUUUAUCGUCGAUUUCGGAUCUUUUUUAUGAUUAUUAUUUUUCAGCGUGUCUAUUAAGGAUUUACAACCCGUGUGUGUUUGCUUUUGAUUCCAUAAAGAGGCCACUAAGGAUUGUAACGCGCACUGACUGAACCCGCCGAGCAUCAACACGUCUUUAUGAGGAUGGAGCUGUGGACACGAGUAACAUCUUUUCCAUUUUAAACGUUUCACCCUCACACUUUUGACCUGGUUUUGAUUGCGCCCUUCUGCCACACUGACAGUAUUUCUUUUCCCCGGUUCCUCUCUGAUAUGCUGGAAGCUAGAUAUUCUUGCGAGGAAACAAGGUAAUGGGAGAGAAAUCGCACAGAGUCGGCACAGAGAACAAGGGAACAUUGUUCGGAAAAAAAGACAAUCAGGGCGCACCGAAAGGCUACAGAGUUAGAGGCUGGGUGGCAAUCAUUUUUUCUUUUAAAUAUUUUUGAUUCCGUGGAGUUACCUUUCAGCCGAGGAGCGCAGUUUUUGGAGAAAUAAAAGGGAAGGACAGAUUAACGAGGAAAGUCAUGGGAUUGGCACAGAAUUAGUGCAACUGUGGACGCGCAGAAAUCGUUUUUUGGACACCCAGACGCGCGGAUUGAACAAGUUUAUUUUCCCCCUCGCACAUUUCAGUGCGUGUGCUGUGAUCGCUUACAAGCUGCCACAUUUCGGAUCCAUGAGGUUGUGCAGAGCGGGCUUUGGCUUCACACUUUGACUGUCUUCUACCUAUAGCCUGAUCGGCUGUAGCCGCGCAUCUAUUGUUUUGAGAGAGUCCCCCCUCGUGUGCAACAGCAUCGAAACCGCAGAAAAGAUCUUGCUUUUAAAUGGGGCCGCAUAUGCUGGGUGUCAGGGUUGAGAUGGCGUGUCGAAGAAGUGGGAAUGGAUUGGGGAUCCUGCUGGUAUUCUUACUGGAUUUACUGGGGACGACAGCCAGCAACCUGGAGCCCAUCUACUGGAAUUCCCUGAACGAAAGAUUCAGAGACGACAAGGGCUACGUUCUGUACCCUCAGAUCGGGGACCGGCUGGACCUCAUCUGCCCUCCUCUGGACACCGCCAGGUCCACGCCGGAGUACGAGUUCUACAAGCUCUACCUCGUGUCGACGCGGGAGCAGGCGGACCGCUGCGAAGUGAUGGGACCCCCCAACAUCGUGCUCACUUGCGACGAGCCCACCCGCGAACGCCGCUUCACCAUCAAGUUCCAGGAGUUCUCGCCCAACCUCUGGGGCCACGAGUUCAAGAGCAUGCAAGACUACUACAUCAUCGGCCCAUAUGGACUGCCUCCAAAGAAGGAGCCGGCAGCGGGACGCACCACCAGCAAAAACCCAGGCGGCACGGGGAACUCCAGCCAGCCUCGAGGACCCUUCGGGGAAGAAGGCAGAGGUGAGAACGGGCCUCUCCAACCCUCCAACAUCGCUCUCAUCGCCGGCGCCGCGGGAGGCUCUGCCUUUCUCCUGCUGGUCACCGCCGUGAUCUGCGUCGUGUGCUACAGGAGGCGGCACGCCAAGCACUCGGACACCCACCACCCUCCGCUGUCGCUGUCCUCCCUCACCAGCCCCAAACGGGGAGGCGGCGGGGGCAUCACCAGCUCCAACAACAACGGCUCCGAGCCCAGCGACAUCAUCAUCCCUCUGCGGACGUCAGACUCGGCCUACUGCCCGCACUACGAGAAGGUGAGCGGGGACUACGGACACCCUGUCUACAUUGUCCAGGAGAUGCCGCCUCAGAGCCCAGCCAACAUCUACUACAAAGUAUGA